AUGGGUCUCUUCUCCCGCAAGGAGAAAGUUCCCAGGGUGGCAGCCAACGCCAAGCCGUCGAUCAACACGUCCGACGUCAGCGUUCACUCUGGCGCCUCAAGCCUUAAGUCACCGCCUGGAACCACUCGUGGCGGCUUCGGCAGAGUUUCCGGGGGCAAUACCAACCCCAACACCCCCUUGACGCCUUUCUCUCCGGUGUCGAUCCCCAAGAUCGACCUACCGCGACCUCCCGACCCUCAAUUGGAUCCUGCGGGCUACCUCCGAAGCCUCGGCGCCGUGCGCGAGAGGAGCAGGAUUGUCACGGACAAGGCCCUACGCAAUGAACUGAACCAUUUCGAUGUCGACUUGAACAAGUUCCCCGACGUUGUGAGCUUUGUUUCGUGUAUCAUCAAGCGCGACUUUGAUGCACCGUUCACCUCGAUCCCGAGCCACGGCCGGCACCAGCAUUUCUGCGUUGGUGGCCGUGACCGUAUCGCGCAUCUCUUGUCCACGUUCCCUGACGACAUUGACAAUACGGAAAAGUGCCGACGCAUGGUAGACCUUUUCCUAGUCAGCGUUUUACUCGACGCCGGCGCAGGCACGCAGUGGAGCUACAAGAGCACAGAGAACAACCGCAUAUACAGGCGGUCAGAAGGCAUUGCCGUUGCAAGCUUGGAGAUGUUCAAGAGUGGCAUGUUCUCAAGCGACAAGUCCAAUAAAUAUCAGGUGGAUACGGAUGGUCUUCUCACCUUGACGCCCGAGAAAUUGGCGGCCGGCCUGCAAUCCAAGCCCGGAAACGAGAUGGCGGGCGUAGAGGGUCGUACGCAGCUUCUCAUCAGACUCGCCGAUGCUCUCGAGAAGAAACCAGAAUUCUUCGGAAGGGACGGCCGCCCUGGCCGUAUGGUUGAUUAUUUGCUGUCCCAUCCUUCCACUCAAGCCUCCUCCAUGCCGAUUGUCGCUCUACCCACGCUCUGGAACGUCCUGAUGAACGGCCUAGCGCCCAUCUGGCCACCUUCACGCACCGCCAUCAACGGCAUCUCCCUAGGCGAUGCCUGGCCUUGCAGCAGCAUGCCUCAAACGUCCUCUCCUACCAACACAUUUUCGCCAUUCCCGUCCUCGGGCCAGUCACCGACAGCAGCAUGGGAGUCAAUCCUACCCUUCCACAAGCUGACGCAGUGGCUGUGCUACAGUCUCAUGCAGCCCAUGCAGUCACUUCUCCGCAUACACUUUGCGGGCGUCGAACUUCUUACCGGCCUGCCAGAGUACCGCAACGGCGGGCUCUUUGUGGAUACAGGGGUGCUGAUCCUGAAGCCGGACGAUGCAGAGCGGGGGUUACAGAAUUACGCCGACUACUGUCGCAGGACUGGGGUGAAGGGUGUUGAGGUUGCUCCCAUGUUUGAGCCGAGCGACGACGUGAUUGUCGAAUGGCGCGGCGUGACGGUGGGACUCUUGGACAAAUUGCUCAUUGAGGUGAACAAGAGCCUGAGGAAUGAUCUCGGCGGGAACGAGUUGACCUUGGCGCAGCUACUUGAGGCCGGUAGCUGGAAGGGGGGCCGCGAGAUUGCGGAGGUCAGCAGGCCAAAUACCAAGGAGCCGCCCAUUCUUAUCGACAGCGACGGCACCGUCUUUUAG